UGCUGAUCCGGCACCAUGGAGGACUGCCUGCACACCUCCUCUGAAAACCUGUCGAAGCUGGUGAGCUGGGCCCACAGCCAUGGCACCAUCUGCAGCCUCAUCCCCAGCCUGCAGCACCUGAAAUUUAUUUGGGCAGCGGGCACGUUCCGCAGACUCACGUGUUUUGCUCUUUCCCUUCUCCCUCCUCCAGAGCAGGACGAGAGAGCGGCGGAGCUGAGCCGGGAGCAGAACGAGAAGACCAUCCGCAGCACGCAGACGGCGCUCCGCAACUUCCGCGAGUUCCUCAUCUCCAAGUACCCCUCCGAGACGCGGGAGAUCUACGUCAUCCCCUGCAAAGAGCUCGACGCCUACCUCGCUUCCUUCUUCGUGGAUGCCAGGCAAAAGGACGGCUCUGAGUACGAGCCCAACAGCCUGGCCAACUACCAGUGCGGGCUGGAGCGCUAUCUCAAAGAGCACAGGUAUGGGUACAGUAUCACCAGGGAUAAGGAGUUCAAGAGGUCCCAGGAGGCUCUAAAGCAAAAGCAGAUAGAGCUGAGGUGUAAGGGGAAAGGAAACAAGCCGCACAAGUCCAUGAAGCUCACCUUUGCUGACGAGCUUAUCCUGCGCAAAAGAGGUUUGUUGAGCCGGUACAAUCCCGAAGGGCUCCUGAACCUCGUCUGGCUGAACAACACCAAGGCGUUCGGGCACUGCACAGGUUUCCAUGGGUCCACCCUCAAGUGGGGAGACAUCCGCCUCCGCGUGACAGAGACCGGGCUGGAGUACCUGGAGUGGAUGGGGCCGGACAACGGCGACGUGACGGCCAAGAGCAAGCGCGGCGGGACGGACUCGCGCGUCUACGCCACGCAGCACUCCCCGCAGACCUGCCCCGUGCAGGACUACAAGGAGUACGCGCAGCGGCGGCCCCCGGCCAUGCGCUACGAGGACGCCCCUUUCUACCUGUCCAUCAAGCCCGUGGUCAACCUGGCCGCGCUGCACUGGUACAACUGCCAAGCGCUGGGGAAAAACAAGCUUGCCAAGAUGGUAAAGACCAUGUGCGAGAAGGGCAACAUCCCCGGCAGGAAGACCAACUUCAGCGUCUACCAGAGCUGCAGCACCCUCUCGGAGGCACAGAGCAACCAGCUGGUGCUGAUCUGUAACAACCUGAGCCAGCAAGCUGCCCAGUCCAUGGCGAGCCACCCCAACACCGGCAACUUCAUCGUGUCGGCUUCCUACGACUCCUCCUCCGACACGGCCUGA